GGUUGCCAGAGCGACUGGGAGUUGGCGUCCUAAAAUGGCGUCCCUCCUGGACGAUACUUUGUUCGAGACGCGCGGACAAGCCCCGGCACCUAGCAAAGACUUCUACCAAAUCACCGUUACUAGGAAGGAUGUGAUUUUCAGGUGGUGGAAAAUUUCUCUUCGGAGUGAAUUCCGUGAAGCAAGGCCUGGAGAACUCAAAGAAUCUCAUGAAGAUUUCUUGGAUGAUCCCUCCCUCCAAAUUCAAAUAGCCAUUGUGUUUGGAGCAAGCACUCUGGAGCAUAUCUUCAAUCUGUGCAGAGGUGAUUUUGAUUACCUCGUGCGACUGCCUGAUACUUUACUUCUGUACAUCAUGUCUUAUUUGGAUCUUGAAGACAUUGCAAGGCUUUCCCAAGUAUCACACAGAUUUGAAACGUUAUGCAACUCUGACAAACUAUGGGAAAUGAUUGUGCAAGAUUUAUUGGGCACCAUCACACCAGAAAUGAAGUCCCUGGCACAAGAAAUUGGGUGGAAGCAGUUCUUCUUCACUAACAAGCUUCAGCUGCAAUUACAGCUCCGAAGAAGGAGAAAUAAGUCAGCUGCUUCUUCUGAAAGUCUGACUGAUUAGACAAGUAUUUUUCCUAAUUAAACAUUUUGAAAUGUGUGGAUUUUUUUCUUUUUUUUUCUUUUUUUUUGGGGGGGGGGUAAGCUGAACAUCUUGUUUAGCUUUUUAGAAAAAAAAUCUGAUCACAAGAUUUGAAUAUAUAGGCUGCCUUAAAAUAUGCUAUUAGAGAUGUCUGAGAAAAUCUUUGUUAUACUAUACUAUAUUAUUCCAUACAUUUUCAUUUAAUAUUUCAUUUAAAUUGCAUUUUGUUCUCCAUUUGUUUUCAGUAAAUUUAAAUUAUUCACAUUUUAUUGUCUUUUAAUGUCUUUUUUUGCUUUAUUGGGACUGUAUUUGGUGCCCAGCAGGUAGCAGCCACCUUUUAUUUUAUACCACUAUUAUCAGCAGUGAUUAAUAAUAUGAAUGUAUGGAUACAUAGAGAAAGCUGUUGUUGUUCUUUUCAUACAAUACCUGAAAUGACACAAUAUCUAUAGAAUUCUAAGAAAAUAAAAUGAGAACUUCCAGGAGAUGGCAAAUGUAAUCAGCUACAAUUAUCAAGAAAAGUUAAAAAUCCCCCAAAUUAAUCCAAAUUAAUGUCAAAUAGUAAGACUGGGAUAAUGAAAACUCAUUUGUUUUUUGGUUUCUUUUGCUAUAAAUCUGUUAUGUAUUCUUCCUUUAAUUAAAUUAUUAACAUUUCUAUCCCACAAUUUCAUUGACAAAGCAAACAUUUCUUUGUCAAGCUUUAAUUCUAAAGUCCUCAGAAAAUCUAUCCCUAAAAAAAAUUAGGGAGAGGAGUCUUACAUCCUUUGCCUGUGAAACAAUUUCUCCUGAUAAGCAUUUCUACAAAACUGAGUAGCAUUGAAUUUACCAAGAAAUGUAUUUGCCAGGCAAGAGUGUUAACUUCCAGACACAUGAGAGUCAUACUGUGAGUUAUACAUUUGCAGCAUAUUAAAUCCCUUGUUCUUUCAUAAAUGUAUAAAAAUGUGUAAUGCUUUUUCUGUAGUUUUAAAAUGCUGAUUCAUCCUGAGUGGCUCAAAAAUAUCAUAGACUGAAUGAUAAAGCAAUAUUGUUCAUAAGGACCCUGAUUAUUUGCACUAUAAAGGAUCUUUUUGUUACCUAACAUAAUUCUUUAUAAAAUAUUUAUAAAGAUGGGGCCAUUAAUCUUAUAAUAGGAAAAUAGUGUUUCUACUUUAAAAAAAUUUAAAAUACAGCUAGAUGAUCUGAAACAAUGCAGACAUGACCAUUUUCUACUUUAACUUAACAACUUCAAAAAACAUUAUACCUAUUUUUUUCCUAUUGAUAUAGGGUGCUUGGUGUUAUAAUUUUAAAAUAAUUAUACUUUCAAGACUAGAAUUAUCUACUACAGAAACAAAUGUGUGUGGGUUUCUUUCAGUAUCUUUUUAUUUGUUUUCUAUUUCAUUAAUUACAUAUGCCAAUAUUUUAGUUAGCACAU